AUGUAGCGUGUUUGGUCGGCCACAUGAGCUGGACGUAACAAAGGUGGAGGUCCCGUGUUGUUGAAGUAAAAUUAACAUAGAAAGUUGAUGCAAUCACGGGGGCGGGCAUUGCUUGGUUGUCCCUUGGUUCUCCAUCUCGGAACACGCCACCCCCCUCCUCCUCCUCACCCAUUCUGGUCGGCCCGGUGGUUCCAGGGACGACGGCGGCGGCGACGAUUUCGUUUCCCAAUCCCCGUUCGCCGGACAAUUCGCUCUUUCCUGGCUACCCGAGGCCGGAGUUCUGUCAGGGCACAAGUCCCCCGUCCUCUUGGCCGAUGCUUCGACGCGUCCGACGGGCUUUGUUGCUCCGGGAAAGGUUUGCGUGCGUGCGUGCUUGCGCUUGGCCGCGCCCUCCUCGCCUCUGACCUGCGGCGUCUCACCACGUCGCAAGGUCUGGAGGCCGACCCGUCCCGGAGCAAACGACCCAGCAGCCCCGAGACGAAAGGGAUCGCGGGUUCGUGGGCCUGCAAUGGGCGACGGCUAUGGAUACACUUUUUUUCCUUUCUUUUCUGUGCUUGCUGGACGCUCCGUCGAGCUAGCGGCGGUCGCGCAGUGCUGAAUCUGACUUGGCAUGGGCUGAGUCCGCCCACAACUUUGUGUAAGGGUAAUACGAGGCUUUCAUUGGGGCGCGAAGGGCCGGCGUUCAAGGUAGCUUUCCGGUUUGUUGAUUUGGGUGUGUUGGAUCGGGAUACCAGUUGAGUUUGGGGCGCGAUCACGCGGGCUCUCAUUUUCGCCAUCGCCAUCGUCACUUGACCUCGUCCAUUUCCGUACAAACUGGCAGUCGACGAGGAGGGGGGACGGGCAAUACGGAGCGGGAUGGCUUUCCAGAUGAUGCUUCCUACGUUCGAUCCAGGCGCUUUAGGCUAUUGCAAUUCCAGCCCGCCCCCGCGGCUGG